AUGGAGCCGGCUCCGGGCAUGCUCGAGCCUUACGGCUUGAGAGACGCAACUGGACCCAAUGAUGGGGAUGAGGACAUCGUGUCCGAUGCCGACUCGGACGAGAUGGAACUACGUGGAGACAUAGCCAAGUUUGACCAGUCAGUUCGAGAGUUCCUGUCCUCCCAUCAAGGAACGGUUACGGUCGACGAUGAGGAUGAACACGAACUCAGAAGACCCCGAGCAGCUAUGAGAUCGAAGGCUGCGACGCGUUCUACUAUUCGGGGUCCCCGACAAGCUGCGGAACCCCGAGGCGACAUCAAGUUUCGUCUCGCCAGAGUCAACCAAGCGUUUAUGAGUGGCGAGUAUGACCGCGCGAGGAAUCUUGUCUUUGAGAUCAUCAGGAUUAAUGCCGAAACACAUCAAGCCUGGACCGUCUUGGCUUCCAUAUUUCGCGAGGAAGGACACAGCGAUAAAGCUCUGAUGGCCAUGGUUAUUGCUGCGCAUUUGCGUCCCAAGGAUGGUCCAGGCUGGAUGAGCUGCGCAUCUUUUGCCAUGAGUCUAGCCGAAGAAGGUCAGGAUGGAGCUCUCAAGACCGCACUGAUGUGCUACUCUUCGGCCGUUAAAGCACAGCCUACCAAUCUCGAUGCCAGACUGGGCAGGGCCGAGGCGAGUCAAGCCCAAGGCUUUCUAUCGCAAGCAAUUGCCGAAUUCUCCUAUGUCCUUGAGCGUCGACCUUUCGACAUUCGCAUUGUGAGAAGGCUAGCCGAAGCUUGCGCUGAUCUGGGGGGCGCUGAGGACGUUGAAAGAGCUGUCGCCGCCUACCAAACAUACUUCACUCAUGCGCAUGCGGAAGCCCGUGGUGCCGGAGACGAACUUUCGUGGCACGAUGUCGGCAUCUUUGUAGAGCUCUUUGCCUGCGCUGGAGACUAUGCGAACGCCAUAUUACAACUCAAAUCGUUAUCUCGAUGGAUGCUCGGGCGACGCAAUGAAGGACUGUGGGACGAAUGCGUUGAUGACAGAGAGUGGGACAGGGAACACACUCGUCGUCUUCAGAUUCCGGCAUUCGAUCCAUCUGCCUACGACCUGUACACAUAUGGUCUAGGCCUACCCCUAGAAUUCAGGGCACGUCUCGCAUUAUACCGGCUCAAGAUUCGAGAUGACCAAGAAUCCAAUCUCCACCUUCGCUGGCUGGACCCAACGGAAUCCGCAACAGCCACCGCCGUUCAGGAUUUCCCCUAUCUCAUUCGGGACAUUGCCGACGAACUUUACAUGGUUCCGCGCAUUUCUGAGGCACUUGAUUACUAUGAACUCCUGCGACAUUCCAUCUAUGGCCAAGAUGCCACGCUGCUUCUGCAGCUUGGCCGCUGCUAUCUGGCCAGAUCCGACUUGGCAGCAGCCGAAGACUGUUUUUUGGUGGCGAUCCAAGUAGAUGAAACCAACAUCGACGCUCGCAUCGAGCUGGCUAGGAUCUAUGAAAAGGCCAAGGAGGAAGAGGAGGCACUCAUUCUUCUUAGCGAGGCCGCAGCUUUGGAUCGAAUCAACGAUGGCGGAAAUCAGCUGGAAGAUGUUAGUGGAGAUCCGAACAGAUCACGAGGACGCGCCUCAACAGUGUCUGAUGCCACAAAACCACGAAGAAAGCGAGAUCAGAGGCGCAGACCCACAAACAACGGGGUUGUCCGAGCCAGAUAUCGACCCAGGAAGCUUGUUGCUCCAGACCAGCGUCUACAGGAAGAACGUGCCCGAGCUGAUGAGCUGACAAGGCGAUAUGAAGUCGUCCGCAACCUGAAGAGGGGUAUCCAGGCGGGUGAUCACUCACUGAUACCGCAAUGGAUGGCCGCUGCUGGGGAGCUUGUGGGCGACUUCAGAUCUUUCAGGAAGUUCUAUCCCUGGGACAAAUAUCUCAAGUUUCUCGGUGCUGCCAACGAUGUAGUUUUCAGUGCAUCCUCUAGGAUGCAAUCAGGCCUCUCAGAACUAGCUGAGAGGCUUUCGAAGAACAUAACCCCAUCCAUCUUGGACGACAGAAGGAUCAACGUCGCGUAUGAGGAUGAUGGCUACCGUGGCAUUCCUUUUCGCGAGUGGCUCGAGCUGUUCCUCGAUUAUGCAGUUAGUCUAGCAUUGGCCAAUCGUGCCGAAGAGGCAUACCAGGUUUGCGAGGCGGCGAGAGACUCAAUUGUAUUCGUCAACUCGAAAGACUACAUGUUCCUAAUCCACGUGGCAUGGGCAGCGUGUGCCAUAUAUCUGGCUGACGAGGAGAUGUGCGUGGCUGUGGCAAGGUUUUUUAUGAAGGUUCGGCAGCUGGAUUCGGAUUCCUACCGUAUGUUCGCAGCCUUGUGCAGGUUGUGCCAGUCUCCUGCAUCUUGGUACAACUCCGGACCUGCUCAGAAGUAUAUUCUGCGGCAGAUCAAGAUAAUCGAUGCCUCGCAUCUGUCCAGCAGUCAGGUAGACAGGCAUCGUGAGGUCAACCAUCGAGAGGCUACUAGUCCUGCUGAGGCAAAGCAGCUUGACAUAUGCCUACUGAUGCUCUACGGACAUAUCUUAUUCACAUCCACAAGCUACACCUUCGCUUUAAAUUACUUCCUCAGGGCGCGAACUCUAGACCCUUUGAACCCUAUGAUUAGCCUCAGCGUCGGACUCGGAUACAUUCACCAUGCCCUCAAGCGCCAGGCAGACAACCGGCAAUACCUGAUCAUGCAGGGAUUCGCCUGUGUGUUCGAGUUUUGCCAUUCAAAGCUCACGGGAACGCCAGACGAGAGACGAGAGGCCUUCUUUGGGGUCGGAAGAACGUUCCACAUGCUUGGACUGCACCAUCUGGCGCUGGAGUGGUACAGAAAGGUCCUUGGCCCAGAACAGUCACAGAUUGACUUGCAGCUGGAGGACGUGGCCAGUCGAGACGUGAUUUUGAGUGCCGCGUACAAUGAAUAUGCCCUGUUCAUAAGUAGCGGGAGUGUUGAUGAGUUGGAGAACGUCGUGCUGCCUCACCAGAUUCUCUUGUCGCAGAUCCAAAUGGUAGUCACGAUGACCUCCAAUGGCAAGCUGCGUAUUUUGCUCAUCGGCAAUGGUGGACGCGAACAUGCGUUGGCUUGGAAACUGAGCCAGUCGCCUCUGGUCGAGUCCAUCUACGCCGUGCCCGGGAACGGAGGCACUGCGACUUGUCCUAAGGUUACCAACGUUACCGAUAUUGCCGCCGACGACUAUCCCACUCUCGUUAAAUUCGCUCAGUCCAAGCUCAUCGGUCUUGUUGUCCCUGGCCCUGAAGCCCCUCUCGUGGAUGGAGUCGAGGCCUACUUCCGUGCCGCUGCCAUUCCUUGCUUCGGACCUUCCAAGGAGGCAGCCCAGAUGGAGGGCAGCAAGACCUUUUCUAAGGACUUCAUGAAGAGACACAACAUCCCGACCGCCGCUUACGAGAAUUUUUCCAAUUACGAAGAGGCCGUUGCCUAUCUCGACCGCAUAUCACAUGACGUUGUUAUCAAGGCAACUGGUUUGGCUGCCGGCAAGGGUGUGAUUAUUCCUACGACCAAAGCAGAGGCCCAGCAGGCGCUCAAGGAAAUUAUGGUGGACAAGGCUUUUGGAAAUGCGGGAGACGAGGUUGUCAUCGAAGAGUUCCUGACAGGCGAUGAAUUGAGCAUUCUUACCUUUAGCGACGGCAACCACACAUUGUCUCUGCCUCCCGCUCAGGAUCACAAGAGGAUUGGGGACGGAGACCAAGGACCCAACACUGGUGGAAUGGGCUGCUAUGCUCCGACCACCAUCGCUACCAAGGAGCUUAUACGCCAAAUCGAGGAUGAGGUUAUCGAGCCAACGAUAAUUGGCAUGCGCAAGGAGGGUUACCCUUUCAGAGGUGUCCUUUUCACCGGUCUAAUGAUCACCCCGAACGGCCCCAAGGUUCUCGAGUACAACGUCAGAUUCGGCGACCCGGAGACGCAGACCGUGCUUCCGUUGUUGUCUGAGGACACUGAUCUGGCCGAAAUCAUGCUGGCUUGCACGGCUCACGAGGCUCGCCUCGACUGUGUGAGCGUCAAGAUCGAGCAAAAGUUCAGCGCCACCGUCGUCGUGGCAGCAGGCGGCUACCCAGGAUCUUAUGCUAAGGGAACCCCGAUGGUAGUCAACUCGCCAACAUCACCUGACAUCAGCGUUUUUCAUGCAGGAACCAAGCUAUCUUCAGAGGGACAGUUGCAAACCUCGGGAGGCCGUGUCAUAGCCGUCAAUGCCACCGCCGACUCUUUGGAGGCCGCCGUCAAGAAGGCAUAUGAGCAGGGAAUACCACUCAUCAACUUCGACAAGAUGUACUGCCGCAAGGACAUCGCCCACCGUGCGUUUCGAUCUCAGCAACAGAGAGAGGCCCUGACCUACGCCGGUGCUGGCGUCAGUGUUGACGCUGGCAACGAAUUUGUUGAACGCAUCAAGAAGGCAGUUCGGGCCACCAAGCAGCCGGGCGCAGAUGCCGAGAUUGGUGGGUUUGGUGGUGAGCUGGACCUGGCAAAGUGCGGUCUUCAGCUCGAUGAGGGCCAGUUGCCUGUCCUAGUUGGCGCCAUUGACGGCGUUGGCACCAAGCUCAUGAUUGCACAAAGCAUGGGCAAGCACGACACUGUGGGUAUCGACUUGGUGGCUAUGAACGUGAACGAUCUUGUAGUUCAAGGGGCCCGACCCUUGAUGUUCCUCGACUACUACGGCUGCAGCAGGCUUGAUCUGAGCACUGCGGCCUCGUUCGUGGAGGGCGUGGCUGCUGGCUGUAUCGACGCUGGAUGCACGCUCGUUGGAGGCGAAACGGCGGAAAUGCCCGGUAUGUACCAAAAGGAUGACUAUGACGCCGCAGGUUGCGCAGUCGGUGUCAUGGUCAACAGUCAGAGGCUUCCUCGCAAGGAUGAGAUGGCCGCAGGUGAUAUCCUGCUUGGCUUGGCCUCAAGCGGCGUCCACUCGAACGGAUUCUCACUGGUCCGCCGUAUCUUGGAGAGGGAGACCCUUGCCUACACAGACGAGGCCCCUUGGGAUGCAGGUAAGACUGUAGGCGACAGUCUUUUGACCCCCACCAAGAUCUACGUCAAGAGCCUCCGUGGCGUCGUUGAAGGUCGUCUCGUCAAGGGUCUCGCUCACAUUACCGGUGGGGGGCUGAUUGAUAACGUGCCUCGCAUGCUGCCGGACCACCUCGGUGCUGAGAUUGACUUGACGUCUUGGGAAAUGCCCGCCGUCUUUAAUUGGCUGAAGGCGAGCGGCAACGUUGAGCCGUACCAAAUGGUCCGCACCUUCAACACGGGUGUAGGAAUGGUUGCGGCGGUGGACCCUGCUCUCGAGAAGGAAGCUGUGAAGUCACUGGAAGCUGCGGGAGAGAAGGUUCUUCGCCUGGGCCGGCUUGUACAGCGCUCGGCCGAUGAGCCGCAUUGCAAGGUGCUCAACUUGGAUUCAUGGGCAUAA